ACGAAAAGACCCUUACGCAUGCUCCUACAACUUCCUCCACCGUCCACACAUUUCACGAAUCACGUUCGCAUUGACAAUCCCACCCGUCCCCAUGUCUCACCACCACACCCUUUCCUCCUACAGUCUCUCUCUAUGGUCCAACAUAAUAAAUCCACACUAUCAGCCGACCCCCAUAACUCCCAGAAGAAGCAAGACUAGAGCCAGCAUUCCCCCAGAGGUAGAGGGAAAAGGAGAGCUUUUCAUCCCAGCCCAUUGUUGUUGUUGUUCUUCUUCUUCUUCUUGGUUCCAUUGUUUUGUUCGGAAGAAGGAAAUGUUUGUCAUCGGUCAGCACGUGCUCUGGACUUUCUUUGCCUCCCUGUUCGGCUUCGUCCUUCUCUACACUCUCCGUCGCAAUAACAAUAGCAAUGCCAAUAAGAGAAAGACAAAGAAGAUGACUUUUCCACAAGAAUGCGCGAAAGAGAGCUUCCCCGACGGAAAAUGCCGUCCCGUUAACGGCUCCGGCACCGACGUCAUCAUUGUCGGCGCCGGUGUCGCCGGUUCCGCCCUCGCUUACACCCUCGCCAAGGAUGGCAGACGGGUUCAUGUGAUAGAAAGAGACUUGACAGAGCCGGACCGAAUUGUCGGUGAGCUUCUUCAGCCUGGAGGAUACCUGAAAUUAAUUGAAUUGGGCCUUGAAGAUUGCUUGGAGGAAAUUGAUGCUCAGCGAGUGCUUGGAUAUGCUCUCUUCAAGGAUGAAAAGAAUGCUAGACUGUCUUAUCCCUUGGAAAAAUUUGAUUCUGAUGUGGCUGGGAGGAGCUUCCACAAUGGGCGUUUUAUCCAAAGGAUGAGAGAAAAAGCCGCCACUCUUUCCAAUGUACAAUUGGAGCAAGGUACAGUGACAUCCCUUCUUGAAGAAAAUGGGGUUGUUAGGGGGGUUCAAUACAAAUCCAAGGAUGGUCAACUACAUAAAGCUUAUGCUCCUCUUACAGUUGUGUGUGAUGGUUGCUUCUCAAAUCUGCGCCGCACUCUUUGCAACCCGAAGGUAGACGUGCCCUCGUGUUUUGUGGGUUUAGUCUUGGAGAACUGUCAACUUCCAUUUGCAAAUCAUGGGCAUGUCAUUUUGGCAGACCCUUCACCAAUCUUGUUUUAUCCAAUCAGUAGUACAGAGGUUCGAUGUUUGGUUGAUGUACCCGGGCAGAAAUUGCCUUCUGUUGCUAAUGGUGAGAUGGCCAGCUAUUUGAAAACGGUGGUGGCUCCACAGAUUCCAUCUGAGCUUCAUGAUGCCUUCAUAGCUGCAGUUGAUAAAGGAAAUAUUAGAACUAUGCCAAAUAGAAGCAUGCCAGCCGAUCCACAUCCUACUCCCGGAGCCCUCUUAAUGGGCGAUGCUUUCAACAUGCGUCAUCCUUUAACUGGUGGGGGGAUGACUGUGGCAUUAUCUGAUAUUGUUGUGCUCAGAGAUCUUCUCAAGCCCCUGCGUAACCUUAAUGACGCAGGUUCAUUGUCCAAAUAUCUCGAAUCCUUUUACACCUUACGCAAGCCAAUGGCGUCGACAAUAAAUACUCUGGCCGGUGCCCUCUAUAAGGUGUUUUCUGCUUCACCUGAUCCUGCAAGGAAGGAGAUGCGGCAAGCAUGUUUUGACUAUUUAAGCCUUGGAGGCAUAUUUUCGACAGGGCCGGUAGCUAUACUGUCUGGUUUGAACCCUCGUCCAUUAAGUUUAUUUCUCCACUUCUUUGCUGUGGCAAUAUACGGUGUUGCUCGUCUACUACUACCAUAUCCUUCGCCUAGACGUAUGUGGAUUGGAGCUAGAUUGAUUUCGGGUGCAUCAUGUAUAAUAUUUCCCAUCAUCAAGGCAGAAGGAGUGAGGCAAAUGUUCCUCCCAGCAACGGUUCCGGCAUAUUAUAGUGCUAGAGCUCCUCCCCAUCAAGUGUGACAUCUACAAGGACAUCACAAACAUCGAUUUGCUUUUCUCUUUAUUGUAGUCAAGCAAACAAAUUUGCAUGACGGGGAGAUUUGUACGCUUUAGGGUUCUACUAGAGGACAUUGUACAAUUAUUUUAUUCGUGAUACUCCUAGAAAGUGUAUGCAACUAGACGAACAAACAAUCAUUCUGUUAGCUAAAUUGAAAGAA